UACUAUUAUGUUUUAAAGCUUAAAGUUCGUUUAGAACUGCUUAUGUAGGAAGUACUUUUGCUAUUUAUUGUAACCGAAAAAGGAUAUAAAAAAACUUGGCGUGCGCUUAGGAAUUAAGCAUGUAUCCAUGUUAAUUAAAACUUGCCUUGCACAUGAUCUUUGAUCAGAGAAGAAAGAGGCAAGAAAAAAAAAAAAGCCCAAAAGUUUCCAUUAUGAAUGUCAAAAACUUUGAUUAUUGUUUGACUAGAGAAUAUCUUUAUGAAAGUCCAAGCACGAAAGAUGUUAUUAUGAGUCAAAAUUUGGCAUUCUUGCCCUUUUAAGGAUAAGGAGGCAAAAAAAAAAUGGAAGGUAGAUAUCAAACGGACUAAAAAAUUCAAAUUAAGAAAUAAAAUUAAUUACGUAACAUUGAUAAUUUUGGAUAACUUGGCCUAGCUAUGUGCAUGAUUUUGUGACAUUGGGUGGUACCUUAACCUUAUUACAAAAGCCUCCGAGGAAUCUUCUCUUCCUCACAAUCCCACCGAAUAUUUGUAUAACAAUCAUUAGUUUCUAACCUUUCCCCCUAAACUUUCUCUCAACCAGCCUAGUAAUGGCUACCACUCUCCCUGGUCCUCCUCUUCAUCCUUGACCCCCCAAACCACUUUUGUUACCAUUAAGGGCAGGAUGGCCUCUGCGAAAACUCGUGGCCUCCUGUCGCUCCUCCUCAUCCUCCCCCUCAUCACCCUCGCUACCGCCACCGCAGGUAUCCGCCUUGGCAUCAUUCUGAAACCCUCCCCGGAUGUUGCCAUCUUCCGAGAAGCCCCUGCUUUUCGAAAUGGGGAUGCCUGCCAGCCUGCAGAGAAAAUCCACAUUGCCAUGACACUGGACUCUAACUACCUAAGAGGCACCAUGGGCGCGGUGCUUUCGAUUUUGCAACAUUCAACGUGCCCCGAAUUCAUUGAGUUCCACUUUCUCUGGGCCAGAUUCGAGCCUGAGGUACUCUCCAACAUCAAAUCCGCCUUCCCAUACCUAAAGUUCAAUGUCUACCGCUUUGAUUCCAAUAGGGUUCGUGGAAAAAUAUCAAAGUCUAUACGCCAAGCCUUGGACCAACCCUUAAACUACGCACGCAUAUACCUAGCUGACAUAAUCCCAGUUGAUGUGAAAAGGGUUCUAUACCUAGACUCAGACCUUGUGGUUGUGGAUGAUGUAGCAAAGUUAUGGAAGGUUGACUUGCAAGGCAAGGUACUGGCUGCACCAGAAUAUUGUCACGCAAACUUUUCCAAAUAUUUCACAGAAUCGUUCUGGUCAGACCAAAUGUUUUCCAAGACAUUUGAAGGCAGAAAGCCUUGCUAUUUUAACACAGGGGUUAUGGUGGUGGAUGUGGAAAAAUGGAGACAAGGAGAGUACACAAAGCAAAUGGAGGAGUGGAUGGUAGUGCAAAAGCAAAAGAGGAUAUACCAUUUGGGGUCUUUGCCACCUUUUUUGCUGGUUUUGGCUGGGGAUAUUAGGGCAGUGGAUCAUAGGUGGAACCAACAUGGGCUUGGUGGGGACAAUCUUGAAGGCAAGUGUAGGAGUUUGCAUCCUGGGCCUAUAAGCCUGUUGCAUUGGAGUGGGAAAGGGAAGCCCUGGUUGAGGUUAGAUUCAAGAAAGCCCUGCACCGUUGAUCAUCUUUGGGCCCCAUAUGAUCUUUACCGUUCAUCAGCUCAUUACUUGGAAGAAUGAGAUGAAAGUGAAGAUAUAUGCAAUGAGUAAUGAGGUGGAGCUUUGGAUCAAUUUGGGGCAAUAUGGGGAU